AUGCCAUUGGUUAUCUGUGUAGUUUUAUUCUUACUUGAGAAACGACUUGGGGCUUUGGGAAACAGAUGUUCAUCAGCUGAAGAAGCGACUAAACGUAAGUUCCUACAGUUUAAAACACACGUCAAAUUUUUCAACAGUUCUGAGUUUACUUCAAAUAUCUUUGAAUUCUCCUCGUUUUGAUAAAAUACAGCUAUUACUUGGAAGAGACAUGAUUUGAAAUUUUAAUGAUUGAUGUCUAGGUCAGUACUUUGCCUGGCUAAAACGGUAAUAGAAAGAAAUCAAAGAAAUCUUAGUCCCAGUAAUUGCUGACUUUAUGGCUGGACAUUUACAAAACUGCAGACCAUAUCAAUCUUAUUCCAUGUUCUUUUAUUUCUGAUAAAUUUGUCUUGGCAUGGAAUCUUGACAUUCUUGUUUUACCUACUUUUAUUUUAGCAUUCUCGAUGGUGCCGACCGUGGACAUGAACAACUUGGAAUUCCCGAAUGAGCAUGUUCUUCCAACUGGCUAUAAUAUAACAGUCGUUUGUACAAGCAAUCAUCCAGCUUUCUCGAAUCAUAAAUAUUACUUACCCUACUGGAUACAGUAUUUUUUCAAUGAUGCCUACAAGAGAGAAUUUAGUUGUGGUGGUGGCAAUAGUGACUCACAUUACGAACGUUCAAAAGUGUGCAAAUACUUUAUUCAAAACGCCACCGAGGAGAACUCUGGGAAUUAUACCUGCAUUUCAACCAGUCACGCUGGAUGCACAAUGGGAACGAUGGCGUUGAUGUUUAAAAGUAAUAUUUUGUAUUAUUUGUUUCUAGUUAUACAAUAUAACAAAUGAAGUAGCUCACAUUUAGUUUGGUAUCUACAUGACAUUUCAUUUCGGGUAAGACUUACAUUAUAUAAUUUUUCGUGAAAAGACCACGAAGAUGCAUCAAUUUGAAUUGACGGGUAAACAACAAUUUCAUAUCAUAUUGGUCAUGAAGGAAAGUGUGUAAUUCGACGUGUUUUCUCUAAUUUUGAAUUUCGUUUUUCUUGUUUAAUCGUAGAGCCAUCGCCUCCGCUUUUUACUCAUCACCAGCCUCGUGAAGUCGACUUUCUAAAAUCUAGUAAAGCCAAACUCAGCUGUAAUGCAUCAGGUGUUCCCCGUCCCUCCAUCACCUGGCUCAAAGACGGUAAUAGCCUUUCAAGUACUUCUGUGAUGGGGUCACAAAGUUAUUCGAUAUUGAAUUUUGAAUCUGUACACCCUCACGACCAAGGACAGUAUUGGUGCGAGGCAAACAGCACAGAGGGGCAGAGCAGAUCAGCUCCGGUAAAUCUAAGAGGUAUUGAAACAUUUCAAUUUUUUGAAAGAGCAUAAUAAUGUUCAAAUGAUGAGAUGUGUUUAAAGGUGACGAUCAUAUCCCGUAUGCAGGAAACUCACUACACGUGCACGUAUGUACAUAAUUUUGCGUUUUUCGACUUUCUUCAUAUAUUCAUAAAAUUGACAAUUACAAUAUUCCAUCUACCACAUCGAGUCCCUGAUGGAUUCCAUGGACCGCCAAAUGCUUGAAAACAAUUUUUUUCCAGUAGAUUACGGCGGUUGUUAAAAACCAUCAUAUAAUGAUAAUGCUUCUGAAAGACCACAUGCAACAGUUGCUGGAGAGUGUUCAUGUUUCAAUCUCGAGCUUUAGGGACUGGUCAUAAGCUAUUGCCUAAAGGGGAGGGGGGUGGGGAUGGGGUUGAGGGGUCAGAAAAUUUUAGUUGUGUUACAAUGAAAUUUACUCUACUCCCCCAUAAGGCUCCGUUUCACAAAUUGACCAUAAUUUUUCCAUUUUCCAUUUUUUUUUUGUCUAUAACCUCAAUGAUCAAAGAAAUGACGUCGAUAACGCACAAAAUUAAAGUGAAACUACGAGGAGCAGCCGAGUGGCUUCACUGCAACCUUUGAACAUUUCUAUGAUCGAUAAGGAUAUCGACGAUGAAAAAUGGCGGUCGAUUUACUUCUUUACAAUAACGAUGAAUUUCUAUGCAAGUUGAAUUUUUUUUUUGUAAAAUUACGUGCACAGGACAUGAUCGAUCGUGGCUUUGUUGUUUGUUUUCAUUUGUGUUAUUGAAUGACUUCUACGAUGAAACACCAGUAAGAGAUGGAUGGCAAUAGACACUGUUACCCUGUAUCGUUUUUUUAUUGCCCACUCAGUUUUGACUUUUGUGCCGUUUGAUUCGGCAUCGGCAAGUAUUUGUACAUGGUUGUCCGUCUUUCAAAGUUACCACUGAAAACCGGAUUUCUAUUUCUGAAGAUUUACCUCCACUUUUUCUUCUAUCUCGACAAGUUAUUCUUCUGAAAAUUUCUCUAAGUAUACCGAUCUGGAAAUUUUUGAAGUGUGUUUCUGUCUAUAUCUCAAAACUUUGCAAUUGUUUUUGCGCGAUAAAUAUCUUAUCCGACAUGGCGAGGAUUACCGACCGUUGCGUUACAUGAUACGUCAUUUUUAUCGUCUAUAACUUUAUUAAUAGCAGUUCUCGACCAAUAGCGCACAAGAAUUUCCACAGUUAUGGUAAAAAUAUUCUUAUGUUCCCCCUCCUCCUCAUUGGCAGGUGGCCUUAAGUGAAUUCUCUAUAGUCACCCCUCUCAAACUCUGUUGGUGGCAAUUGAUCCCCCUUCGUGUCAACUAAAAAAAUGUGAUCCCCCGGGUGUCUGGACUAUUCAGUACAAUGUUUGUGUAACCAUUGUUGUUACUUUUAGUGGUGUGGAAGCCAGUGUUCUCCAUUCAUCCCCAAGACACAACUGUGUAUGUUGACGAUGAUGCCACCACCGUAACGGUUAAUCUCUCUUGUGCAGCAAAUGGCUCCCCACUUCCAGUGAUCAGUUGGUUAAAAAACAACUCCAAAGUUGAAGAUGCAGUGAUUCGAAGUCAAAACAUCUCCAUCCUCACUGUUGUAAUCAACGAGGGGACAGAAAAGCACUUAAGAUAUCGUUGCGUUGCUAAAAACUCGUUGGGAAACAUAUCUUCCCAGGAAGCCACACUGAUGAUCGCAAAACGUGAUGAGGAACGUUUACCAAUGGAGGGUGAGCUUACAGCUCAAAUUCACAAAUCAGAUAUCGGAUCAUAGCGGAAAGUUACCGAAAAGAUAAAAUUUCCUCUGUUUUAGUUACAAAGAAUGUUUUCCAAAACUUCUUCGAAGCCUUAGGUUGGAAGAUCGUCUAGAAUUAAGUUUAAAAAUCUUUUUUUGCAAAAGCAAUGAUACAAAUUAAGAAACAUGAUUAUGUCAAAAUCAAUGCGAUCCAAAGCCUGGAGUUUGGAUUUUAUUUCUUGGCAGGAGACAUCCUUGUUUUCAGUUUUUUCAUCCAAGGGCUACUUCGGUGCCUUUGGGCAUUUUUUUUUUUUUUUUGAAAGAAAAUUCACCACCCUUUCAAUUAACCGUGUGCUCUACUGGUGCUUUAUCUCUAGCAGAGUAUUUUUUAUACAAUUGAAUAUUUUUGCUAAAUCUCGCAAUUUCAGCUGAUAACGGAACGAUCACCAACGAAAAUGGGUCUGAAAUCAUUUUUUCCACCGUGAUAACUGGGACUUCAAUUCUUAUUAUCAUCUUUAUUCUAUCUGUUAUCAAAUGGAGAAUGGAAAAGAGAUCAGUCUACCAACUAGACCAGGAGGUAGGUGCUUAAAUCGCUUAAUCAUCGCCUUUUCCCAUUUUCCCAAUAAUUAUCCCGAAACUGUACAGGUUUUUCCUCACUAACUAAGAGCUGGUCCUGCCAUUGAUUCGCAAAUUUUCAAUGCAAUUCAAAACUGAGUUGACUAAUCUGGACUUGUUCAGCUUUAUUUUCUCGCACUAAUUUUGCAUACAUUUAUUUUGACCUUUAAUAGCCUUCUUUUGAUUUACCUUUGUUGUGAAAUUUGUUAUUAAUUUAGUUUCGGUUUUAAUGAGGUCAACAGAUAUGGGCACAAUAAAAAAAUCCGCCCUUUGGGGUACACAUUAAGGUUUUUUAAAAGCAUACUGACGUGAUAUAAUCUUUUUCUUUUGUCAAAUCAGAUUUUUAGAAGGACUCAAGAGGCUUUUGCGAUUAAAAUCACAAGCACAAACGAUACGAUAAAUCAGUUACGAAACAGCCAGUCUGCAUUAACCGAUGAUGGUCAACACACGGAUCCAUCUACUACUGGCGAAAACGAAGUUGUUGAAAACGAAAUUUAUUUACAAUUGAUGGCAGUUGACAGAAACUGGGAGAUUCCCAGAGAUAGACUGACUGUUUCAGAGGAGAAACUUGGCAGAGGAGAAUUUGGAGAGGUUAAGAAAGGAGUUUACCUAAGAACUGAUGGAAAUGAACUUUCAGUGGCGGUGAAAAUUCUGAAAGGUUGAAAAAUCAAUACAUAUUUUUGAGAUUAAAUGAUCAAAGAUAUAUCCUUCAGAGGGUGUUGACGGAAGAUAAAUCUCACCUGUCCUUGAAUUUCCAGACUAGGAUUCAUAUCAUCGAUAAGCACGAUAGCCUCUACAAGUAAUAAUUAUAAUUUAAUAAUUUAUAAACUUACAAAGCGCAUGCUAUAUGAAACUAAAGUAAUUAACAUUGCAGGUCGGAAAAUGAAUCGCAGCAGACAUAUUGACAACAAUCAACCUUAAAUUGUUAGGCUAGUGAUGACAAAGGACAGGAUAUCAAACUGGACAGCGAAUGACAGAAUUGAAACCUUAAAAAAAUUGGGGAAAUUUUCAAGAUUUGUGAUUUGCGGCGUGCCAACUUAAACUUAUCGUCCAAACCCUGAGUGAUAAGAACGUCAUGCAUACCUUUUGGUGAUAAAAAACUCCUAGAGCAGAAGGGAACCAAUUAUUUUUCUGAGGACCCUUCUGUAAACCACUUCAUGACGUUGGCAUCCUCAUUAAAGAUUACUAUUGUUUUAUUAUAUCAUAAAGUUAGUUUUCAUACCACGUCUUCUUUGACAGAUAACAAAGACAGACAGCAGCGAAUGGCGCUAAUCAAAGAACUGGAGACACUUAUCCAAGUUGGUCGCCAUCCGAAUAUUGUCAGUUUGGUCGGAGCUUGCACCUUUGAAGGUAAGGGAUCGGCGAUUCAAAAAGUUACGGCGAACGUUGGAGGGCAAGUUGUGUCAAUAAAAAUUUGUGUAGCGGAGAUGGAAAUAAGAUUUCAGAAAAAACAAUUGUACUGUGGGUGCAGAGCCUUCGUCUUAUUUCGAUGAUUUAGGGAAAGUCUUCACCUUUAGCCCAGAGGUUUUAAAAAACUAUGCAGUAAGAUGAAUUUCGAUAAACCGAUUUCAAAUUCACUGAAUCCAAAUUAAACUUAAUUAAUUCGUUUUUGAUUCACCGGCACGCAUACCUUUAAAUGUUAAAUAUUUCCAAGAAACUAGUUUUUCCAUGGUAAGCAUGUAUGUAAAAAAUGAUGUAUCGAUUUAUUGAUUGAUUUGUGUCCAUUGGUAAAGAGAUUAUUUUGGGCCGUCAGAACAAAUCUAAAGAGGUUUUAUAUUUCGAGUCAGCAGUGCAGUGUGAUGUUUCAGAAGCACUUUAAGUUUUCAACGUUUCUUUUUUCACCUCUAGAGCCUCUUUGCAUCGUCAUUGAAUAUGUCUGUGGAGGAAGUCUUGAUAAAUUGCUUCGAAGUAGUCGCGUCCAAAAUCACCAAGUUGAUCCAACUUAUGUUAACAUAUGGUCAAGACUGACAGAGAGAGAAUUAUUGAGGAUUGCUUCAGACGUCGCUAGUGGCAUGAGCCACUUGGAAAGUAAACAGGUCUGUUCAUGGAUUCAUGAGUGAGGUGCAUGUUUUUGCUAGAUAUACUUUUGGUAACAUUUUUGUCACGUACUGUCCGUAAAUGCAAACUGAAUAGUUGCGGAUUAAAAGCGGCGAAAUGCAGAUGAUACGCACGUAGAGUAGUGCGAAGCAAAAAAAGUCUCAAGAGAAAUGCGAGCGAAAGGGAAACGAAAUUAAAAAAAGGUAUAAACGGAACAUUACAAGCGAAAAAAAUGAAAAAAAAGUAAUACUAAAUCCAACUUAGUUAACAGAAAUAAAAGAAAAAAAAUGAAUGGUUUAGCACAAUUGAUAAGAAUUGAGGAGACACGAUUCCUGUUGAUGAUUAUAGAGAAAAUGACACUUACAUAGGUGUGCAUACCAUGACUAGAACAGCAGUACUUGAUUUCCUUUAUCUGUGGUUCAGUGCAUUCAUCGCGACUUGGCGUGCAGAAAUGUUCUUGUUGGAAAAGGGUUGGUAGCCAAGGUGGCUGAUUUUGGAAUGGCACGUGACGUAUCCACAGAUGGGCAGUACAUCAAGACAACAGAGGUAUAUAUUUUACUUAUUGCUCAGAACGAUCUUAAUGACUGGAACUCCGACAACUGAGUGGAACUCUACACAAUUUUAACUCACGCAUUAACUCACUUUGGGUGGAAAGUUGGUUUGCCAGCAUAACUCACAAUCCUUAACAAAAUAUCUAUUGGUUCCCACCUUUUAACAACACUCAUAACAUGACCGACGAACCUCACAGAAAGACUUCACCACAUUGAUGAAUCUUCUCUGAACAGUCAAACGAAGGAAAGUCAAGUGGUUGCAGUAUUACAACCUUAGAUAUUACCAUUACGGCAAAACUGAGUUGGGAAUCAGACUGAGCUGGGACUCUGUUCUCAUAAAUCAGACUCGCGACAGUAAGAUUAUAAUAAACUUUUUAUUUGACUCUGGUGCUGAGUUUUACCGGGGGUUGCCAAACCGCUAGUCUGUGCUCGUGACAACACUCCUCGCGAUCAAUAAAAUUGUAUGUAAUUAACAAUUUCUUGUAAGAACUAAGCAUUCGAAAUUAAGAGAUCCUCGCAGCUAAGAACACUACUGAAACGAAUAGUGGAAAAUAGGACCUGAAAAAAAUUCAGACCCGUACGGGAUUUGAACCCAUGACCUCUGCGAUACCGGUACAGUGCUCUACCAACUGAGCUAACAAGCCAACUGGGAGCUGGUCAAUGUGUUGGGUCCAAAUAAACCAUCCAAGUGAUGAAUGAUGAUUUUAGAUAUAUUAAAUUCAUAUAUUUGCACUGCGGUGAAGAAACUAGAUUAAGAGAUCCUCGCAGCUAAGAACACUACUGAAACGAGUAGUUGAAAAUAGGACCUGGAAAAAAUUCAGACUCAUACGGGAUUUGAACCCAUGACCUCUGCGAUAUCGGUGCAGCGCUCUAACAACUGAGCUAACAAGCCAACUGGGAGCUGGUCAAUGUGUUUGGUCCAAAUAAACCAUCCAAGCGAUGAAUAAUGAUUUUAGACACGAGGAUCUCUUAAUUUCGUUUCUUAAUUUAGUUUCUUCACAGUAUGGGCCUGAAUUUUUUCAGGUCCUCUUUUCAACUACUCGUUUCAGGUCCUAUUUUCAACUACUCGUUUCAGUAGUGUUCUUAGCUGCGAGGAUCUCUUAAUCUAGUUUCUUCACCGCAGUGCAAAUAUAUGAAUUUAAUAUAUCUAAAAUCAUCAUUCAUCACUUGGAUGGUUUAUUUGGACCCAACACAUUGACCAGCUCCCAGUUGGCUUGUUCGCUCAGUUGGUAGAGCACUAUACCGGUAUCGCAGAGGUCAUGGGUUCAAAUCCCGUACGGGUCUGAAUUUUUUUCAGGUCCUAUUUUCCACUACUCGUUUCAGUAGUGUUCUUAGCUGCGAGGAUCUCUUAAUUUCGAAUGCUUAGUUCUUAGCUGCGAGGAUCUCUUGAUUUCGUUUUUUCACUGCAGCGCAAAUAAAUAUACCCAUGACCUCUGCGAUAUCGGUGCAGCGCUCUAACAACUGAGCUAACAAGCCAACUGGGAGCUGGUCAAUGUGUUUGGUCCAAAUAAACCAUCCAAGCGAUGAAUAAUGAUUUUAGACACGAGGAUCUCUUAAUUUCGUUUCUUAAUUUAGUUUCUUCACAGUAUGGGCCUGAAUUUUUUCAGGUCCUCUUUUCAACUACUCGUUUCAGGUCCUAUUUUCCACUACUCGUUUCAGUAGUGUUCUUAGCUGCGAGGAUCUCUUAAUUUCGAAUGCUUAGUUCUUAGCUGCGAGGAUCUCUUGAUUUCGUUUUUUCACUGCAGCGCAAAUAUACGAAUUUCAUAUAUCUAUAAUCAUCAACUAAGCAUUCGUUGACUAAUAUCCGAAACUUUAUCACAGGGACGAGUUCCAUGGCUUUGGAUGUCUAUGGAAGCAUUAAGGGGAACUUGUACAAUAAAGGGAGACGUGUAAGUUAUCGGUGUUCCCAGGCUGAAAUUGGAUUACUAUAGAGACUUCACAAUUUGCAAGCCUUAUUUUUAUACUACACUCCUCUAUAGGUGGUCAUUUGGAGUAACCCUGUGGGAGAUUGUUACUCUUGGUAAGUAAAAACCCUAUUGAUAAAAUUAUGUUUAAAACUGAAUGAUUGAGAUCUUAACCUGGAAGAAAAAAAGCUAGACACACCCAUUCCUCCCACAAUCCCAAUAUUCUAAACUGGUGUAGCCUGCGAGCAGGCCGUCAUCAUUUGCGCCGCAGAGCGCGCCUUUCUCCUCCCGCGAGAAGACUUGAGACGAGUCAGGGAGAGGUUUACCGGGCAUGGCAUCAGUGCUAGACACUUUGAAGACCUCUCGCCGACUUGCGUUUCUCAAGGUCUCUUACUUUCCUGACGGCAUGGAAACGCUCGUGCUUAAGUGUUGAUAAUGAAGGUUUGCGUUCAGGCUAAAAUAGGUAAGGAAUUGGGACCCUAAUUCAAUGUCAUCGAUCAAUGAUGCGAAUGGCAGAGAAAAUCGAAACAGAAUUAUCAAGAUACUCUGAUAAAAUUUUCUAGCAUCCAAGUUGCAUCAAAAAGGAUUGCCCAGUAGAUUUACUAAAAGGUUGACCAUGACGUUUCAAGGCACAAGAGGAUCUUCUUCUGAUUUUAGCAAAUGUUUUCAUUGCACAUAAAUCCUUAGUUGAAGGGUUCUAACUAACACUGAUAGACCUUUGUCAUCUUAUGAGAUGGAGGGUAUUACCACCGAACUACAUUUGAUCCUUCUGUUUCUAGGGGAACUACCGUACACGGGUAUCAAAGGCAUUUUAGAGCUUUACGAAUUACUGGAGGGUGGAGCAAGAUUGCCAAAACCACUGCAUUGUUCGGAUGAGCUGUAAGUCUGAGACAUUAAGCCUCGUAGUAUAUUUGUCAGACGAUAUCAGUUACUUCUCUCAUUCUGCAUCUUGUCUUGACGUGAUAGGUCAUCAUGUGCUUUUAUUUCAAAGGUUUUUUUUUUCACCAAUCACCUUUUUUUUCCCUUCAGGUGACUAAUCCACGCACAAAUUUUAUCCUGAAUAACUCCUCAGUGUCUUUAUCAUUCAUUUGUGGAAAUGAAGAUAAAAAUCCCAAUUUAUGAUUACUUUAAUGAAGACCAUAUAUAUCAAGAUGAUGAUAAACAAUGCUGAAAAAUUUGACUGUCGGCAAAUGCUUUAUUUCAGUCUUUCAAUGCAACCACAUGAUCAAGCGUACUUUACUGAAAACUGCUGUUGCAACUGUAGAUUAUAAAAGCAAGGUUUUAUUUUUUGGGGUCUAAGUUUGGUACAACAAAAAUAAAGAACCGUUUGAGCUUUAAGCCAUUAGGUUGAGAGUGUUUUCUGCGUUACGUUUUAGUUAUAACAUUAUGUUAGGCUGUUGGCAGAGGAACCCUGACGAGCGUCCAUCAUUUGAACAGCUUUGUGAGAUGCUGGAGGAACUUUUACAGCAUGAGACUGUGAGUGGGCCCGUAAAGCUUAGUUGAUAUUGAUGUUCUUCUUCCCGUUUUCUGAAUUUCAUCGCUAUUUUGUUUCCAUUUCGAAUAAUAAGAGAGGAAACAUACAAUAAUGAGCAAAACUUUUCUGAGGUUCCUCGAAGGAAUGGAGCAAACUAACAAGGUAGAGUGUUGCUUCUAAAUUUUUGGUUAACCUACUGUCGACUUCCCAUUUUUGUCAACAGUUAAGCUACAGAAUGUGUUUUAACAUUCAAUUUGGGCAGUAGGGGUUUCCUUUGAUAUCAUGGGAAAGGCAUUAUCCCCUCAUUCCAGGCCUUGUUUAUCGAGGAUAAGGAAAAAACAAGUCUGAUCAGUCGGAAGAAUUUUUAAAUCAUGCAUUUCAGAAAGUCUGUGUCAUCUUUACUUUUCCAGAGAACAUACAUUAAUGUCACUUACUUCAAAGAGCAAAACAAAAAGGAAGCUAUUUGGGUAUGAGUUAACUUUACGUUCAACACAAGUGGAAGACGUUGCCAUGAAAGUGCAAAAUCGAAGAUCGAAGAUUUUGUCACCUAUUAAACGUGGAUAGACUUCAGGCGUAAGCCACCUGUUUACCCUGCCAUUAUGGGGAGAAAUAACAAGUUCAUCACUUCAGGAAUGGAUGCGCUGGGGGAUGGUGUAGAAUACUGGCAUUCAAUGACAGUUUGGCUAUUCGAGUAAACGCUUAUAUGAUAACUUUUCCUUGUGACUUUUUGGUUUAAUUCAAAUCUACUGAGCUUCCACUCUAAGUUGGUUAUAGCUAUGCAUGUACUUUACAAUGUAGAUGUGAGUCAAUUUUUUAAUUUUUAGAAUAGUCAACCAGCACAAUUUAACGUAGCCUCGGGGCUCCGAACAGAUUACAUCUGUUCUGUACUUUGAAGUACUGUCCCUUAGCGAUGAUAAACUCAUAAUUACAACGGUGUAUCCUUGUUUUAAUUUUAUUUGCUGGUUUAUUAUCUUUUUUUUCUUAAAUACAUUUUUUAUAUGGGAAUCACAAGUGUGACUUAUUCACUUUUUAUUAAUUUACACAGAUUAUCUUCAAAAAGAUGAUCCUAGCUCAUCAUUGCAUAGAAAAAAACAUAUAGAUGCAUAGGUGAUUUAAAAUAAUGCCUCCUUUUUACGUUAUUAUUUUUCAUAAUAUUUUGCUAUUUUAGUCUUUGACGCUUCGCUUUCCUAGGAACAUUUUUUUCUCGAUCAGUUGCAAGUCUAGCCGAAGCCACAGAAUUGUUGUAUCUCGUUCAGAAAUCUGAAAGAGUUUAUAAACUUUGUAUUUACCGUAGGAAUUCAAAGAGGGGUAAGAACUCAUAAAUCUUGCUCUUUACACGUUGACGUCGCUGAUCCUGACGAUAUGCGAGACUUCCGAGGAACUCAGAGCAUCCAAUUAGUGAAGUCGCUAGCCUCGAAUCUUACGGGGGGCUGAGACUUUUAAUCGACUCCUUGAUCGUGGCACGAAUUUUACAUUUUCACUAUUUCAGGACCGAGAUAAGAUUCGCCACCAUGUUAUCUUAAUCACCACUCAGGACUCUUUCGAUAUUGCUCGACGAUCACAGAUCAUCGCGGUGUAUGCCAGGAGCCGCAUAAGACAAAAUGACUCAUAAUACUGAUAUGCGUUCUAUCUCGCCAAGCGUUCACUACGGCGCAAAGUAUUGCAAUAUCAUUUAACUGGUCUUCGGAACUUGGGGAAGAUUAUUUUCGUAGAUUAAACUAGAUACAUUAAAC